GGCCUGCUAACUUCUCCUUCCCUCCACCUCUCUAGUCGGCCCCAUGCCAAUCGAUUUUAAUAUAAAAGUGGACCUGACGCUUGUGGAGAAACAGAACCCGAAAGUGAAGGCGGGCGGCCGCUACAGCCCCAAGGACUGCAUCUCUCCUCACAAGGUGGCCAUCAUUAUUCCAUUCCGCAACCGGCAGGAGCAUCUCAAGUACUGGCUCUAUUACUUGCACCCAAUCCUGCAGCGGCAGCAGUUGGACUAUGGCAUCUACGUUAUCAACCAGGCAGGAGACGUCAUGUUCAAUCGUGCUAAGCUCCUCAACGUUGGCUUUCAGGAGUCUUUGAAGGACUAUGACUACAACUGCUUCGUGUUUAGUGACGUGGACCUCAUUCCCAUGGAUGACCACAACACCUAUAGGUGUUUUCCACAGCCGCGGCACAUUUCUGUUGCAAUGGAUAAGUUUGGAUUUAGGUAAGGGAUGUUCGCCAGAGUCUGCAGAAA